UGAUCCAAUAAACAAAAAUAUUGAACAAUUCAUUACUAGUAGAGUUUGGCGACAAAAACUUAGCAAAUACCUUGAAGCUAGUGACUUCUCAGAGUUUAAAAAAUCUCAAUCUUCACUCAAGUCACUUGAAAAUUUUAUUGCUAAAAGUUUAAAAAUUCAUAUUGAUUUUCAGAUUGCA